GGAAAACCAAAGGAAAACAUUUUUAAAACAAUUAAAUUAAUUAUUAUUUUUGUUCUAAAUUACAGAACUUAUUAAAAUGAAAAAUGAGAUUGAAGAUAUAGUUGAACAAAUAAAAUACACGGAUUCACAAAAAAGCGUCACGCCAUCCAACGCUUAUUCACAAGAUUUCACAGAUAGCAGCUCUGAUAAGAACCUGCAGUCCUCGGGAAAAGAAACUUAUGUUAUAGAUCAUGUUGAUAAUGAAAGUGAGAAAAUAUAUCCUUUACAUAGUGACGAAAGUAUAUUGAAUCUUAGCAGUAAAGAUUUCGCUGAAAGUGACGACGAGCGAAAACCGAAACAUAAUCGCAGAAACCAUAGCGAAGCCGUUUUUGUAGAGAAUACGUUUACGCAGACCAGUAAGUCCCUUUUCCAAUUAAGGAACGAAGUUUCAAUACAAAAUACAGUUGAACUUCAACAUUUGGAGACACAAACAUCUUUUGAUGCAAUUACUAAAAGAAUAGAUGUAAAUAAUACACAGAACUUACAAGAAAAUCAACAUGUUAGUAAUAAUGAAAAACAAAUGCAUGUAAGGGAGAGCGAUGAAACAAAACUCAAAAUGCUUUACAGCAACAGUUUUGAUGACAACAGCUCGGUUCUGAAAGAUUCUGAAAUAGAUUGCGAGAGUAAAAGCAACGACAACAUGGAUCGCGAUGGAAAUUUUAUAACUCUAAAAAAUUACGACUCAAAAGAUGUCUCGAGUGAAUAUUACAAUUAUAGUCCUGACGAGAGCAGUGACGAGGAAUCUUGGAGUGUUAAUUCAGACAUCGAGGAAGAUUCCUUAAUGCAAAACGGAAUUGAUGCAAUGAAACAAGAUUAUUCAAGUGAUAUCGACAGUGGCACACUAGAAUCAGUCGAGAAUGAUGUCACUGGACUAUACCAAACUAUAGCAAGUGUGCCAAGAGCACAAACAAAUACAUAUCCUGACUCUGCGAUUUGCGAUGUUUCGGUACUGACAACCGUUACCGAAGAAACUAAUACCAAUAAUAGUGUAUUACAUGAAUCGCAAAUUUUUUACUCAAAUAAUAUUCAAUCUUUAAAAGAUCCUCAUAGAGCAGCCCGUAGCAAAUUCAGAAUUCAGGCGCUAUUUAAUAAUGGUAAUACAAAUGAAAACGAUGGAAAUAAUUUGAAAUUACCGCCGAUAUAUACGAAUUCCUCUAGUCCUAUUGUUAAUCCUCUGUUCUGUGUAAACAAUCAACAAAUGCAACCUCAUAAACAUCCCCACACUAUAAAAGAACAUCAAGUAAUAUCUGAUAGAUAUGAGUACGGGUACAAAAAUCUUGCGUCAGGAGAAAGUCCAUUAGUUUAUACGAACCAUGAUGCAAAUAAUAAUUCCGUUCAAGUGCAGCUACCACCUAUAACAUUUAAUGUGUUUUCUAAUCAAUAUAAUAAAAUUGAAACACUUUUUUCAAAAACCGAGCAACGGAAUCAAGAAAUGAGAUGUGAAGAAAUAAAUAUAAGAGACAAAAUACAAGAUCUUAAAGUGAGCAAUACAAAAACUAAGCCAGAAAUAAAGAAGAGAAGCAAGUCUCCAAGUGAGUGCCCUAUCGGAGAACCAAAAGUUUGUGAGGUCGCUGAGAAAGGCUGCGACGCUCUAUGUACUGAUAUAAUGCGACGACUGCAGAGUAGUACUUGGCAAGAAGUAGCAGAAACACUAGCGUAUCUUCCAAAAUCGUUGGAAUCGUUUUGGCCAAUCAUGUCUGAGAUACGAACAGCAGAUCUGCUGAGACAAAUAGUGAGUCUGAUACAGUUGCCACGGACCCAGGUGGCGCAAGCGGCGUGCGAGGCGACCGGUCAUCUCCUCAAACACACAAAUUUCACUAAGAAACCGGAGUUCAACGAAGCGGUGAGCGUCCUGCUGGCGAAGACGAACAGCUACAACCGCGCGGUACGACGCGCCGCCAACCUGGCGCUGGACGAGCUCGUGUGCGGCCUGCACUACACGCGCUGCGUCGACGCCAUCUGCGUCGCCGGGGUCGAGCACAAGAGCCCGCUGGUGCGGUGCGCGGCGUCGCGGCUGCUGAUCGUGUGCUGCGCCAUGGCUGAGGGCGGGCGGCGGCUGCUGCGGUGUCGCCCGCCCUCCGCCGCCGCCGCCCGCCGCCACGUCCUGCAGGCGAUGGCCGUGUUGCUGCACGACAAGAACCUAGAGACUAGGAAAUACGCUGAGCGCCUGUACGCUAUACUUCGUCCUCUCCCCAACUUCGAGGCUUACUUCUUGACGGACGUGGAUGCGAAGCUGGCCACCGAACAUAUGAAGAAAUACGAUCACAUACUAAAACUCAACGCUAAAAAUACUCGGUAAUUUUCGCUUGUAUUUUUAUUGUUUAUUCUUAUAGUAAU